AUGAAGCUGUCAACGGCCAUUUUGGCCACGGUCUCGGCCAGAAAAAAAUGGAAUCCUUACAAGGGUUCCGCCAGCCGUCCUCCUGCAAGAGCGGCGGAUCGACCAGCUGACGCUCACGGUAGCACCGGCGAGUACGGUGAUCUCAUCGUUGCCCCAUGGCAGGUCGAUGCUCUUGUCAAGCGCGGUUACGAUGCUGACAAGCUUAAUAUCGACCAGAACGCUAGCCAGACUGCUCCAAAAGGCAGAGGAUUGGUCACCUGGGCUCAAAAAUGGAGCCACAAAUUCUGCGACGGCUUCAGUGACUGCUACGACGGAGAAGACGAGGAUGGCCGUCUAGCUAAUUGCUCAGGAGGCGGAGAACUUUACCCAUGCGCUAACCACAAUUGCGCUAACAACGAACGAUGUGUCAACACUGCUGAUAAAUCUGGAUUCACAUGUGUGUGCAGAGACCCAGUCAACAGCCCUUGCGACGGAUCAACAACAACAGCUGAGCCACCAACUGAGCCGCCAACUGAGCCACCAACUGAACCACCAAGUUGUAAUGCCUCACAAACAAAAGGAGCACGUGAACGUCAAGCAGGAGACGUAGCGAAUCUACCCGACACGAGCGAUGAUAAUGGCGAAGGCGCUCACGGUGACCAGGGCGAGUACGGCGAUCUCGUUGUUGCGCCUUGGCAAGUGGAUGCUCUGGUCAAGCUCGGUUACGACGCUGACAAGUUGAAUAUUGACCAAAACGUUGGCCAGACAGCACCAACUGAUUGUCUCGACGGUGAAGACGAAGAUAACCGACUUGCUAACUGUUUUGAGGAUGCCCCAAAAACCGACCUCGGUUGCUGUUCAUCUAUUUACGUAAACUGGAACGGUCAAGGAUCUUGCGUCGCAUGUGGCACAUACAAUGGCAAGGAUGUUUACGAAUGUCCAGGUGAUCAUCAAUGGCUCGGGAGAAUCCGAUGGGAGACGGACUUAGGAUGGAUCGUCUGCGAUGAUGAUGGUUGGGGUGGAUGUGAUGCUCCUUGGGCCUGGACUGGUCCUGACCCAGACAACGUCUGCUUCGGUGACAACGGAGAGCUUUCCAGUGGCUACACUUUCCCGUUCGGAUCCGUUCCAGAUAUCAGCUUUACUUGUGAAGGUGGCAAUCAACCCGGAACCGGCGAACCUCUUCCAUGCGCUGACCACAACUGCGCUGAUAACGAACGAUGCGUCAACACUGCUGAUGGAACUGGAUACACCUGUGAGUGCAGAGACCCAGUCAACAGCCCUUGCGACGGAACAACAACAACAACCACGACUACAACGACAACUACUACUACUGAGCCCCCAACUGAGCCUCCAACUGAGCCACCAACUGAGCCUCCAACUGAGCCACCAACUGAGCCACCAACUGAGCCACCAACUGAGCCUCCAACUGAGCCACCAACUGAGCCACCAACUGAGCCACCAACUGAGCCACCUACUUGUAAUGCCUCGCAAACCAAAGGAGCACGUGAACGUAAAGCAGGUGAUAUUGCUAACCGACCGGACACAAGCGAUGAAAAUGGAGAAGGAGCUCACGGUGACCAGGGUGAGUACGGCGAUCUCGUUGUUGCCCCUUGGCAAGUUGAUGCUCUUGUCAAGCUCGGCUACGAUGCUGACAGACUUAAUGUUGACCAAAACGCCGGCCAUACUGCCCCAACUGGCAGAGGCUUGGUCACCUGGGCAACGAAAUGUGAUCAUCAAUGGCUCGGAAGAAUCCGAUGGGAAACAGACUUGGGAUGGAUUGUCUGCGAUGAUGAUGGCUGGGGUGGAUGUGAUGCUCCUUGGGCAUGGACUGGUCCUGACCCAGACAACGUUUGCUUCGGUGACAACGGAGAGCUCUCCAGUGGCUACACUUUCCCGUUCGGAAGCGUACCGGAUAUAAGCUUUACUUGUGAAGCCGGAAGCCAGCCAGGAACUGGCGAACCUCUUCCAUGUGCUGACCACAACUGCGCUGAUAAUGAACGGUGCGUCAACACUGCUGACGGAAGUGGAUACACCUGUGAGUGCAGAGACCCAGUCAACAGCCCCUGUGAUGGAACAACAACAACAACGUCGACCACAUCAACAACUACCACAACAACAACUACAACAACUACUACUACGACAACAUCGACUACUACGACUACAACAACGACGACGACUACUACGACUUCAACAACAACGACGACAACUACGACGACAACUACAACGACGACUACAACAACAACACCUUGUCCACCAACUACUGGUUGUUCCCCAGAGUGCACUGAUGGAUUCACCUGCGAAGACGGAGAGUGUGUCGAUGAGAAUGAGUGUGCAACUGGCAAUCAUCACUGCCAUUCAUACGAGUCCUGCAUCAAUCUUCCAAAUGGAAAUGGAUUCAAGUGCGGACCUACUGAUCUUACAUGUGAUUCAUCCACCAAAUUCGCUGAAUGGAAGGGACGAAACAACAUCAAAUAUAUCUACAAGGGUGAAGAUUCCGUCAUGCUCCAGGUCAAAUUCCGAGCCAAGAACAAGUGGGUCAACCCACGAGAGGAACUUUACAAGGGUUUCAUCUUCUGGACCAAGGACGUUUGCGGCAUGGACUUUGUGAAGAAGCUCCGAAGCGGCGAAGUCCGAGUCGAUCUUGUCGAUACCACUGAUGUCUACCGACUGGGCGAUGCCUAUUUCCGAGAUGCUGCUAAAUAUACUCAUGCUGGUUUUGAGUUUGAGCUCACUCAGAUCGUCGACAAGGAUACUCCAUGGGCCUUCAAGGGCGGUAAACCUACUAAGAACAUGGGCUCAGAUGAUGUUCAGGUCAUUCUUACCGGACUCAAGGAUGUUCAAUGGAUCCCAGCCAAGGGCCGAGACUGGUGCCUCUUGACCGGCGCCAAUGCUAUCGUUCCUCUUGAGAAUCAAGAUUACCCAGACCACCACAUCAUGUGCCUUGCUGAAAAUAAGACCUUCUGGAAGGCUCCAGCAGACCCGGUGAACUAUGAAGAUUGUCUUGACGGAGAAGACGAGGACAACCGACUCGCCGAUUGCUUCAAAGGAACUCCAAAAACUGACUUGGGCUGUUGUUCAUCUCUGUAUGUCGACUGGAACGGUGUUGCAACUUGCGUGGCAAGUGGCGAGCUCUACAACGGCAAGGAUGUUUAUGAAUGUCCAAGCGAGCACGAAUGGCUCGGACGAAUCCGAUGGGAAGCUGAAAGUGAAAACGGCACAUUAGGAUGGAUAGUAUGCGACGACGAUGGCUGGGGUGGAUGCGACGCUCCUUGGGCUUGGACCGGUCUUGACCCGGACAGCGUCUGCUUUGGUGACAAUGGAGAACUAUCUAGUGGCUAUGAGUUUCCGAACGGAAAUCCAGAUAUAAGCUUCAGCUGUGAAGCCGGAGGCGAACCUGGAACCGGUGAACCUCUCCCGUGUGCUGACCACGAUUGCACUGACAACGAGCGAUGCGUCAAUACUGCUGAUGGAACCGGAUACACCUGCGAGUGCAGAGACCCAGUGAACAAUCCUUGCGCAACAACAACACCUGAGCCACCAACUGAGCCACCUACGGAACCACCGACGGAGCCGCCAACGGAGUCACCAACUUGCCCACCGACAUCUGGUUGCUUCCCAGAAUGUGAAAAUGGGUUUAUCUGUGAAGAUGGCGAGUGCGUUGAUGAGAAUGAGUGUGACACUGGCAACCACUACUGCCACUCAUACGAGUCCUGUUCAAAUCUUCCCAACGGAAAGGGGUUCAAGUGCGGACCAACCGACCUUGAAUGUGAUUCCUCUACUAAGUUUGCGGAAUGGAAAGGACGCAAUAAUGUCAAAUACAUAUACAAGGGCGAGGAUUCCGUCAUGCUUCAAGUCAAAUUCCGAUCAAAGAACAAAUUUGUUAGCCCCAGAGAAGAGCUUUACAAAGGUUUCAUCUUCUGGACCAAAGACGUUUGCGGAAUGGAUUUCGUGAAAAAACUCCGAAGCGGUGAAGUUCGAGUCGACCUUGUCGAUACCACUGACGUCUACCGACUUGGCGAUGCUUACUUCCGAGAUGCUGCCAAAUAUACUCAUGCUGGUUUUGAGUUUGAGGUCACUCAGCUUGUCGACAAGGAUACUCCGUGGACCUUCAAGGGAGGAAAACCUGUAAAGAAUAUGGGAUCCGAUGAUGUCCAAGUCAUUCUUACUGGUCUCAAGGAUGUUCAAUGGAUUGCAGCCAAGGGCCGAGACUGGUGCCUCCUGACAGCCGCUAAUGCCAUUGUUCCUCUCGAAGGUCAGGACUUUCCAGACCACCACAUCAUGUGCCUUGCUGAAAACAAGACCUUCUGGAAAGCUCCAGCAGAUCCAGUGAACUAUGAAGGCUAG